AGCGACAGGUCUCGGGCCCCCAGGCAAAGCGGCGGUCACCGAGUCACCAUUGGAUCGUCUGACUGGACAGCGGGCAUCGGGUCACCAGGUAUCAAGUCAUUUGGCUCGGACAGCGGAGCACCGCUCGGGUCAUCUGGCAAGGCAGUGGGCUCCGAGUCAACUGGCAUGACCGCGGGCACUGGGGCAGACAUUGAAUCGUCUGGCUGGACAGCGGGCAUCGGGUCACCAGGCAUCAGGUCAUUUGGCUCGACAGCGGGCACCGCGUCAUCUGGCAAGGCAGUGGGCUCCGAGUCAUUGGCACGACAGCGGGCACCGGGUCAUCAGGUACCGGAUUGUCUGGCUCGACAGCGGGCA